AUGAAGUUCGGAAAGCGUCUUCAGGAGGAGAUGGUGGAGCAGUGGAGUGACUCCUACGUCAACUACAAGGCACUGAAACAGUUCAUAUCCCACUCAGAGUUGAGUGGCGUUGAGUUCAGCCGUGAUUUUUUUGCCAUGGUGGCGGAAGAGCUGGAGAAGGCUGAGGCUUUGUUUAAGGAGCUACUGGAGGAACUACAGCGAAGUCACGACGAGUUACUUGAGCAGGAUCCCGACAUGCCAAUCAUUCGCCCAAUAACUCCCGGGCGAUUUUACCGGAAACGUCUCCACCGUGGCGCGCGUCCUGCCGUCGAGAGUGGGGAUUCGGAGGUGUUUGACAGCUCCAGGGCAAGUUCCGUGGUAGAGACCGAGGUGGGGCGGAGAGCUUGUAUUCCCGCCGUCGUCCAGAAAUUUUUCUUGCUGUUUAUUGGGGAUUCCCACAAGCGCGAGUUUGAUGAGCACGCCCCAAGAGCCAAGUUUGCGGAGUGGCACUCGAGUGCUCACAAGCUGCAACACUUUGCAGAGUUGAACCUGGAAGCCAUACGUAAGGCGGCAAAGAAGCUCAAGAAGCAUCGCCAUUGUGAAGGGGAUUUUACACUUGCCGUUGAAGCCGAACUCAGCCGUUCUCGUCUGCUGACGCUCAUGCCCCGCUUGCGCUCUUUAAUGGCAGAUAUUGACGCGGAUUAUGAGCGCAAGUUUGGGGAUUCCCUGGAUCAGUACAAAAAUGUGGAUAUGCAGCAGGCGUAUCACGCGAAGUGGCGCUAUGUUUUCCUUUCGGCCGCCUUGUUUUGUCUCCUCAUGUUUCUUCCAAUUCUAACGGAGCACCCACCAGCGCACAACUGCGUGGCACUCUUCGGCCUAAUUGUAACCCUCUGGAUUACCGAGGCUAUUCCCUUCUUUUGUACAGCAAUGCUUAUCCCAAUUGUGGCCGUCCCUCUCCGUAUCAUUGCCGAUCCACAGACGAACGAGGUUGCCACACCUACCGUGGCUUCUGGUAUCAUACUUGGGAAGGUCAUGGAUCAUGUGCAGAUUCUCGUACUUGGCGGUCUAACGAUUGGAAAGGCCCUGUCGCGGACAAAUCUGGAGGCCUACGCUGCGACGGCGCUCUUUCGCCUCACAGCCCAUCGGCCCCCCCUCUACCUUUUGGGUGUGAUGCUGAUGAGUAGCAUUUUGUGUGCAUUUGUUUCAAAUGUUGCGGCCCCGCUACUUGUGUUGGGUGUGAUUCAGCGAACUUUAUGGGAAUUUCCGGAGGAUACAGAGGCGCCGCACGGCAUUCUGCUUGGGUUGGCUUUUGCAUGCAACAUCGGUGGCAUGCUGUCUCCCAUUGCCUCACCACAAAAUGCAGUGGCGAUGUCUGUGCUGCGCUUCCAUAAUGUGUCCUUUGCGGCGUGGGUUGCGGUUGCGCUUCCUGUCGUACUGUUCAGCAUUAUCGCAGCGUGGGCUGUCAUUCUUGUCGUCUGGAAGCCGUUUAAGGACGUGAAGGGAAUUCCAUUGCAAGUAGUUAGUACAGAGCCGGGGAAGGAUCCCAGUGUUGCGGACCGUGUUGUGGUUCUGGUUGUGUCGCUGAUCACCAUCGUCCUCUGGAUUAUUUCGCCGGACGUUCUCUUUGGUGACACAGGUGUGGUGGCGUUAAUUCCUAUUGUCGUUUUCUUUGGCACAGGCAUACUUGCCAAGGAGGACUUCAACACACUGUCGUGGCAUCUGAUGUUUCUCCUGGCCGGAGGCAACAUGUUAGGUCUCUGCGCACACGACUCAAAGAUGCUGGAUAUUCUUGCCAACAACCUGCACGGGACGCUGCACAGCCAGUCUCCUUAUUUGACGCUUGUAAUCAUCAUUGCGGUGGUGGCUCUCGUGACCACAUUUGUCUCGCACACCGUCGCUGCCAUGAUCUUGCUGCCCAUCAUUGCCAAAAUAGGCUUCCUGUUGCACACGCAAGAGGGCAUUUUUGCCGUCACCCCCGCGACGCUAGUUCUACUGAGCGCACUGAUGUGUUCUGGCGCCAUGGCCUUCCCCAUUAGCUCCUUCCCCAACGUAAACUCACUUCUCGCGGAAGAUUCCUCGGGUCAGCCGUACCUCAAAGCGAAGGACUUUCUGUUUUGUGGGACCCUCAUUACGCUGCUCUUCUUUUUGUGCCUCGUCACGUGGAUGGUUCCCCUCGCCUACGCGGUGCUUGAAGGACUACGGUAG